CAACCUAAGCAUUUUGUAUGGCCAAAAUGAUCCCCAUAUCCAUCUUUUACUCUUUCAGAGUUCAGACGAUACAAUUAAGCUGCUGCUGCUACUUGCAUGGCUUCACUGCCCAUUAACCCCAAUAUAAACCCACAUACCCUUACCCUUAAACCCAAAACAUCGCUCAACAUCCCCCACACUCAUUUCAUAACUUACCAAGAAGAUGGCAGAAACGAUAAACUUCUCCAUAAAUCUUACUUCAAACGCAUUGGAUCUCUAUGCAAAGAAGGUCAACUUCAAGAAGCUGCGGACCUUCUCAACGAAAUGGAGUACCGAAAUCUGUACGUUGGACCUGAGUUCUAUGGUGAACUCCUCCAAGGCUGUGUGUACGAGCGAGACCUUCAAUUGGGUCAGCAAAUUCAUUCAAAGAUUCUGAAGAAAGGUGAUUUCUUUGCCAAGAAUGAGUACAUUGAGACAAAGCUUGUGAUUUUCUACGCAAAGUGUGAUGCUUUUGAUGUUUCCAACCAUCUGUUUCGCAGACUGAGAAAACAGAAUGUGUUUUCUUGGGCUGCAAUUAUUGGACUAAGUUGCAGGAUGAAUUUGUCAGAAGAAGCUUUGUGGAGAUUCGUUGAAAUGCUAGAAAAUGGCGUUUUGGGCGACAAUUUUGUUCUCCCAAAUGUUCUGAAAGCUUGUGGUGCCCUAAAUUUUGUUGAUUUUGGGAAAUGUGUUCAUGGGCAUGUCUGUAAAUUCGGUUUUGAAGAUUGUGUAUUUGUAGCGAGUAGUCUCAUUGAUAUGUAUGGAAAAUGUGGGGUUUUGACUGAUGCAAGAAAGGUAUUUGAUUGUAUGGGUGAAAGAAAUGUAGUGGCCUGGAACUCAAUAAUUGUGAGUUAUAUGCAAAACGGAUACAAUGAGGAAGCUAUUGGAGUCUUGUACGAUAUGAGGACAGAAGGAAUUGAACCAACUCGUGUAACUCUGUCAAGCCUUCUUUCAGCUUCAGCCAACUUAUGUGCUUUGGAAGAAGGUAAGCAAGCGCAUGCUAUAUCUAUUCUGAGUGGAUUAGAUUUAGAUAAGAUUUUGGGGAGUUCUCUUAUAAACUUUUAUGCUAAAGUUGGUUUGGUUGAUGAUGCUGAGCUAAUAUUUGAUAGGCUGAUUGAGAGAGAUGUGGUAACAUGGAACUUGUUAAUGUCUUGUUAUGUACAAUCUGGUCGGAUUGACAAGGCUCUCAGCUUGUCUUGUUUGAUGAGAUUGAAAGGCUUUAGGUUUGACUCUGUGACACUGUCAUCAAUAUUAUCUGCCUCAGCAGAUUUAAGGAAUUUAAAGCUUGGCAAAGAGGGUCACUGUUUUUGUAUCAGACACAAUUUUGACAAGGAUGUAGUUGUAGCUAGUGGUAUUAUAAAUAUGUAUGCCAAAUGUGAGAAAAUCCCUGAUGCAAGACGGGUUUUUGACUACACCAAAGAGAAAGAUGUAAUUUUGUGGAAUACAUUAUUGGCUGCUUAUGCAGAAGUGGGUUUGAGUGGCGAGUCGUUAAGAUUAUUUUACCAGAUGCAGCUCUAUGGUCUACCGCAAAAUACCAUAUCUUGGAAUUCCGUAAUUCUUGGUUUCUUAAGAAAUGGACAGAUAAAUGAGGCCAUAGACAUGUUUUCACAAAUGAAAGCUGUUGGUUUAGACCCUAAUAUAGUUACUUAUACUACUCUUAUCAGUGGUCUAUCUCGAAAUGAUUACAGUAGUGAGGCCCUUACAUAUUUUAAAAAACUGCUUCAAGCAGGGUAUCGACCAAAUAGUGCAAGUAUUGUUGCUUCCCUCUCAGCUUCUAUAAAUAUAGCAUCACUGCACCAUGGAAGAGCCAUCCACGGAUACAUUUUAAGGCAAAAGAUUUCAUUAUCUCUUCCAGUGGCAACUUCAUUAGUUGAUAUGUAUGCUAAAUGCGGAAAUCUAAACUAUGCGAAAUGCAUUUUUAAUCUGAUCCCAGAAAAGGAGUUGCCCUUGUAUAAUGCUAUGAUAUCUGGUUAUGCUUUACAUGGAUGUGCUGUAGAAGCUCUUGCAUUGUUCAAACGUCUAUGCAAGGGAGGCGUGGAACCCGACAGCAUAACCUUCACUAGUGUCCUAUCCUCUUGUUGUCAUGCUGGACUGGUAAAAGAAGGUUUAGCUGUUCUUUAUGACAUGGUCUCUUUGUAUAAUAUGAAGCCAAGUUUGGAACAUUAUGGUUGUAUCAUCAGUCUUCUCUCUAGGUGCGGUGAUCUCUAUGAAGCUAUGCAGCUCAUUCAGAAGAUGCCUUUCAAACCUGAUGCAAAUGUUUUUGAAUCACUACUUGUGGCUUGUAGAGAACUCGGAGAGACACAACUCGAGGAACAUAUAGCUAAUUUUUUAAUUAUCAUGGAACCAGAUAAUUCAGGACACUAUGUCUCACUUUCAAAUGCAUAUGCAACAACUGGAAGAUGGGAUGAAGUCUCAAAACUAAGGGAUUUGAUGAAAAAAAAGGGUCUUAGGAAAAGACCUGGAUGCAGUUGGAUUCAAGUUGGAACAGAGUUUCAUAUGUUUGUUUCAGGAGACAGGUGGCAUUCACACAUACAGGAAAUAAGUACAAUAUUGGCUUUGCUGGAUAGGGAAAUGCAGCUUACUAGACUCUCUUUCGACAGCUGAGGGUAUCAAUUUCAUGCCGUAGGUACAUUGUUACCUUUGCAAACUAAGCUCAUGUUAAUCAGAUACUUUCAAGGUUAAAGAUGGCUUGAGGACGAGAAAAGCCCCAACAUAAGAGAGUGUCAAAGCCUGUGAAAUAAGAUAUAUGUAUUCGUCUUCAGGAGUCUACAUUAAAGCUUUUAUGCUGGACCAAUUCUCCUGAUGGAUCAGAGAAUUAGAGGAGACAACAUUAUGCUUUGUGAGUGAAAUGAUUUCUUCAACGUUGCGAGAAUGCACGGGAGAAAAUAUUAUUGAUAUUAUUCUCAUAUGUUAAACAUGAUACAAUGAGCCCUAUACAUAAUAUGUCAUACUCCUAAUACACAUGAGAUUAGCGUUAUUUACUA